CGCAUGUGGGCGACGUCAAAAAAGUUAUACGCGAAACGAAACGGAGACUUACAGCGCUUUUUUGCAACGAUAUAUGUAUCUUUUUUUAAAAAAAAAUGCCACAGGAGCCUGAUAUAUAAUUUACCCAAAUAAAAUGAGUGACAAUAUUGCGUUCAUAUAGCAAGUCACUCUCCGUUCAGAAUCGGUUUCCACAUGGCGUCAGCAAAAAACAAGUCAUUUUCUUUUAAAGUAGUUAUGUUAGGAGAGGGCUGUGUUGGGAAAACAUCUAUUGUACUGCGAUACUGCGAGAACAAAUUCUACGCCAAACAUAUGACAACCCUCCAGGCAUCAUUCUUCACCAAGAAGCUGAGCAUAUCCGGGAGCAGGGUGAACCUGGCCAUUUGGGAUACAGCAGGGCAAGAGAGGUUCCAUGCUCUCGGACCCAUUUACUACAGAGACUCUAACGGAGCCGUUCUGAUUUACGACAUCACAGAUGAAGAAUCCUUUCAGAAGGUAAAAAGCUGGGUGAAAGAGCUGAGGAGAAUUCUGGGUAAUGAAGUGUGUCUCUGUAUAGUUGGAAACAAAACCGAUCUGGACAAGGACAGAAAUGUUUCAUCUGAAGAUGGUGAACGAUUUGCAGAUGCAGUGGGUGCAAAGCACUUCGAGACAUCGGCCAAAUUAAACACAGGCAUCGACGAGCUCUUUCUCAGCCUUUGCAAACGAAUGAUGGAGGCAGCGGUGGUGGAGGAGCAGGCCAGAAUGAACGACGAGCCAUGUUCCGGUUUUGCCAGGCGGACUUUGCAGAUAAUGGAUAACGACGCUGAAGAGACUGCGACUGUAUCCUCGGGAUCUUGCUGCUUUUCUGGAUAAGCUGAGCUGAUCUCCACCACAUACAGACGGCCGAGUCUGGCGGGGAAAGCAGAAUUCUCUCCUCAAGAUGAUCAUUCACUGGGAUGGCACUGAAAAGAGUGGAUUGAGGUUUUGUAUUCACACUGAAUAAAGUCUUAGAUCUAUGCGAGCAGUAUGCCUGUCUCCAUAUAGCACAUGUUAGGCCCCUGCUCCUUCUGCCUUACUGUGGUUUGCUUCUAAAGUUUGUGGACUUUUAAGAAAUCAGUCUGUCAGAUUCCACUAAAACUAAUAUUACUGACAAACAGCCUAACACUACCAAGCAAUAUUGCUCUUUCUAAUCUGCAGACAAUGUACAAGCCAAAUGUUUUAAGUACAUGAAAACAGGUGGAUCUGAUUUUUAAUUUUUUUUUUUUUUUUUUUUCAUCAUGUUACCAACUGCAAGAUUUGCUGUAUGCUUACUGAUAAAUAUAUUUUUUACAUGUUGAGUGA